CCUUGCUUUGCGGGGAAACGGGACUCCGGCCGAUUUUGCACAAUUUCGAUCUUACGGCGGCAUAUAUGUUUGGAUGCUUACCCAGGGUCAUACGGAACCUCACUCGUCUUGAAUCUUGGAUUACUCGUGUUUAGUUUAUAGCUUGGUUUGGCGCAAGAACCUGAAAUUAUAAUCCACUGUUUGGGUUGCGCAUCAUGGCGCCUCAAUUCGAUGUCUUCAACACGCAUAUCCCACCGCUUUACGCUCUCAUCCCUGGCUGCCUCGCUGUCCUAACCAUCCUCUACGCAUCUUACUACGUGAUAUACAACAUCUACUUCCACCCCCUCUCAUCCUACCCCGGCCCCAAAUCCCACGCCGCCACCCGCCUCACCUACGUCUACUAUCACCUCACCGGCCAACUCCCCUACAGAUGCCACCAACUCCACACCACCUACGGCGACGUAGUACGUAUAGCCCCCGACGAGCUCUCCUUCACCAACGCCGAUGCCUGGAAAGAUAUAUACAGCCACCGCCAAGGCCACCAGCCCAUGAACAAGGACAUGUCCUUCUACAACACCCCCUCCAACGGCGCACAUAGUCUCAUCACAGCCAAUCGCGCUGAUCACUCCCGCCAACGCCGUCUCAUCGCCCACGCCUUCUCGGACAAAGCACUGCGCGAGCAGGAGCCUCUGAUCAAGGGGUACGUUGACCUAUUGAUCCAGCGCCUGCAUGAGCGCUCCAGUACCGGUCCCCUCGAUAUGGUAGCUUGGUACAACUGGACGACUUUUGACCUCAUCGGCGACCUUGCGUUCGGGGAGUCCUUCGGGUGUCUGGAGAACUGCACGUAUCACCCGUGGAUCAGCAUGCUCUUCGCCAGUAUCAAAGCUGGGGCUUUUAUGAGUUCGUUAAAGCGCUAUGGGAUAAAAUGGAUGAUGAUAGUGCUUGUUCCAAAGGGGCUGCUGAAGAGUAGGACGGAUAAUAUGAAGUUGACGAAGGAGAAAGUCAUGAAGCGUCUUGAGCAGGGGACUAGUAGGCCGGAUUUCAUGAGCCAUAUCCUCCGGCACAAUGAUGAGAAGGGGAUGAAGGUCCCGGAGAUUAUCACUAAUUCUACCCUGUUGAUUGUGGCGGGGUCGGAGACUACGGCGACGCUGUUGUCGGGCGCGACGUAUCAUCUUCUUAAGAAUCCGAGGGUGAUGAAGAAGUUGCAGAGGGAGAUUAGAGAGGCUUUUAAGGUAGAAGAGGAUAUUGAUAUGGCUGGGGUGAAUGGCCUAGAAUAUAUGCUAGCGGUCUUGGAUGAGUCGUUUCGGAUGUAUCCGCCUGUACCGACGGGGCUACCUCGCCGUGUUCCUGGUGAUGGAGAUGUUAUCAACGACCGAUGGGUUCCGGGAGGGACAUCGGUGUCAGUAAACAACUGGUCAACCUACCGCUCUGAAGCCAACUUCCGAGAGCCUAACUCGUUCAUCCCCGAACGUUUCCUCGACGAUCCUCGCUUUGCUUCAGAUAAUAAGCACGCGCUGCAACCGUUUAGUCUCGGACCCAGAAAUUGCGUGGGCCGAAAUCUCGCCUACGCCGAGAUGCGUCUAAUCCUCGCACAGGUGCUUUGGAAUUUUGAUAUGGAGCUGGCACCGGAGAGCAAUAACUGGGCGAGCCAGAAGAUAUUUUCGUUGUGGCAAAAAGGGCCACUGUAUGUGAAAUUGACGCCGGUGGUGAGGUAGUCAAAGAGAGGGUGGUCGGAGUAAUCGUGUCACUCAAACAUCUGAAGGACUACGCAGAACAGUCUUAUUUACAGCAAUAAUAAGUAAU